UUCUAUCGUCUUCUUCACUCCCAUGGCAUUGCCAGCGGCUUCAGCUUCUGCACAAUCAAUCUUCAAAAAGCUGCUGCUUCUCAAUUCUCCGCAAAAAAUCAUUCUCGCUCGAUUCUCCACUUCUUACACAGCUCGAGCAGUGAAUAGUGCUGUCAGAAACAAAGGCAAAAGCAAGAGCAAAAUCAAAAGCGAACCCAAUCAGCAGCAGAAGCAGAAAGCAGAGCUGUUAGUGAAGAGGCGAACGCGGUCAGAUAGAGAGCUCGACGAGGACGUUUUCUCCAAGCACUAUGGGGAUGAUACUUCUGCUCAUGUCCCCGUCAUGAUCGGGGAAGUGCUCGACGUCUUCGCCACCGUCAACCUCAAAUCCUUCGUCGAUUGCACUCUCGGCGCUGGCGGACACUCCGCCGCGAUUAUUCAGGCCCAUCCAGAAAUGGAGUUUUAUGUCGGAUUUGAUGUUGAUCCAGUUGCCCAUCAAAUAGCUCAGAAUAAAAUUAAUAAUGUGUUGGACAAAGAUUCAGGCCACUCUAGAGCACACUUACAAGUUCACACACUUGUGAAGAACUUCAAAAGUAUUAAGACUGCGCUUCAUGAUAUUGAUGAGAAUCGGUCUCCAGGAGUUCAAGGAAUUUUGAUGGACUUAGGAAUGUCAUCCAUGCAGGUCAACAAUGCUGAAAGGGGAUUUAGUGUACUAUGUGAAGGACCUCUGGAUAUGCGGAUGAAUCCCCAGGCUAGCCUAAAGGCCGAAGACAUUUUAAAUUUAUGGCCAGAUGCUGAAUUGGGGCGAAUUUUACGGGACUAUGGUGAAGAAAGCAAUUGGUUCACUCUCCACAAGAGAAUUGUUAGGGUUCGGUCGACUGGUGGAUUGCAUACUACACAUCAAUUAGUUGACCUCAUUCGAAACUCAAGUUCUUCGGCAAAAGGAGGAGGUAGGCAGGGAUGGAUUAAGACUGCAACACGCGUGUUUCAAGCAUUGAGAAUAGCUGUGAACGAUGAACUCAACACGCUGAAGGAUUCCAUCAACUCUUGUUUUGAUUCCCUUGGUCCUGGAGGAAGGCUGGCCGUCAUAUCGUUCCAUAGCUUGGAGGACAGAAUCGUGAAGCAGGCAUUUCUAGACAUCAUAAACCAUUCUGAUGACGGAGCUAAGCAAUUGAACCAUUCCGAAAAAUUGGAUUCGUACAAGGAAAAAGAAGCAUGGAUUAAACAGAUUGUGCGAGGCAAGGAUGGAAAUAUCCUAACAAAGAGACCGGUGACACCAUCUGAAUCCGAGGAGAGACUGAACCCUCGAAGUCGAAGUGCUAAACUUAGGGUUAUUGAGAAGGUAUGAUGAAGGAUGUGCAUAUCCUUCAGAUGUACCAUUCAUUUAUCAGUUUAAUUUAUGUUUGUAGCCAAUUGAUAAUUCAUCUUUUAGAUCGAGUUUCUCAUACUCUCACUCUCUCAAUCUCAAAGGGCUGUUUAUACUAAAAAUGUCAACAUGAUCAAGGGAUCUAAGAUGUUGCUUGACUCCAAUAUGUAAUAAUCCCUUCUUCUGUCUCUGAUUUUUGAUUUGCCAUUUCAAACCUUUCACGAUUAAA